UUUAUAUCCUGGCAUCCGACAAAAAAAUAAUCAGUCAAACACCAACCGGUGGUCAAUCAACUAACCAAAGUUUUAAUAGUGAGCAAAAUGUGCAACAAAAUCACGGUACUAACCCUACUGUAUGUGACGAUAUUCGUCGCCGUAGUGAAAAGUGAAGAUGCAGCUUCCGAAAGGGUAGUGGAUUUCAUGAGCAAAGACAUGAGCGUCGGCCGUACGUUUGGUCACAAUGCCCUCAAGAGGCUGUCCUUCAUCUUCCUUCCCGUGAUGUUCACGCUGGGCGUCAUCUCUACCUUGCUGAUGGCUCUGGCCGUCAUCUCUGUCAAGAACCUGGCCAUCGGCGUCAUUCUUCUCAUCGUUGCUAUUAGUCAAGCGGUAUCCAGGCUGUUCUUCGCGGCAUCAGCGCCGUCUCCCCUGGUGCAUCUCCACCCACGAGCUGAGCUGCUGCCGGCCCCAGUCGCCGCACCCUGGCCCGCCCCUGGCCCCCUACUGUCCCCGUGGGCCAGAUCUGACAAUGACGCCACCAUUUCUGACUAAACGAUCACCCGGCUAAUUUUUUUUUUUUGGUUUUACACUUACAAUAAUUUACGAACUCGAAGAGAGAUUUCGAUUCAAACUUAAACGCUACUGAACGAAAGAUCAAAAUCAAAGGCACGGGAAAGAAAUCCAGUGUCUUAAAAAUUUUAUAAUUAUGUUGAAUGGUGAUGAAGAUACUUUGAUUUUCCAUAAAGGGAAAGCAAUGAUUUUUGUCUUUAAAAGAAAAGAUGAUUUCUUACGGUUUUUUUAAAUCACGACUCAGUUUCCCGUGGUUUAAUUUUUUCACGAAUCACUUGAAAUUAACAAAAGCAUCAAAUGAAUGACCUUUACGUAACUUAUCGUUACUAAGUUCUUUUGAAGAUUCCCACCAGACAGAAAUUAGGUAAAGCUACCUCGUGACUGAAACAAUAGUCGAAUGUAAACGUGCAUUUAUUACUAACGACAUCACACGAAUAACGAUUAAUUUAUUUAUUAACUAAUUGACAUCUUAAAAACAUAAUUUAUUAAAUAUGUUAUUUAAUUUUAAGUAUCGAAACUUCGUCUGUCUCCCGCAAAACUUUCCAUUUGUGGAGGAUAGACGACGAAUUUCUUAUACGUAAUUAGAACUAUUUAUUUAUACUAGAAAUAAACUAUCAUACAAUUUA